AUCCCUCUCUCCAGCCCACCUCCUCGCUGCCCGCCCACUCUACGAGAUAUGUCUGCCACUGCUACUUGUUAUGCCCAUAGAUGCGUUGCGAUGAGGCUACGGUCUCCAACGACAUCGCGCACGUCCAAUGUGCAGAGUCCACUCGGCAACGACAGUGACGAUGUGCAAGAGGCAGAUUACGCUUUCGUGCGUCGAGCAAUCUGCAGCAAAUGUCUCUUUUCCCGCGCUUUUUGCGACGUUAUCGCUAUUUUUCUCUGGGACAAUUGUUUCCUACGGGCUCGAUACCGCUUCCUUGUUAUUCAUGUGCGUUUUAACCCAUAGGACAAAAUUUCCCCCUUUUUUCCCCUCUACACUGGGACCAUCCCCGCUUUCCCCCAAGUUUGUUUCAUCUUUGUUACUGCUUUUUGCAUUUGAAAUCCAUCGGGCUGGGGCAAUAGCUGUCGCCAGAGCAUUUCCGUUCACUCGCAAUAUCGGUGCCAAUUUUCACCACUCCGAGGGUCUGGUAGGUGAACAACGCUAACUCCAGGUUUUCCGACAUCCAAUCUUCGCCAUGCGCGUCUUAGCCUUGACAAGAUGUCUCUGCCGACCGAUACAGCUGGCCCUUCUACGCGCUCUCUGCACAACGGUAGCGUCUUCUUCCAGACUUCCAAGAAAUGCGCUCCUUGAAGGUCGACUGAACCGAAGUGUGGCCCAAAUAUUGGUUAGGUCUUUCGCAAUUGCGGCCGAAGGUCUGUCUCGUUUGGCUGUGUGUGCAUGACACUGCCGUGUUAUUUUCUCCUAGCUUCGCGUCCCAAGGCUAUCACCCAUGGAUACUUUAUCGCUACCGUGUCUCACUGCCUGCCUGCCUGCCUGUCAUCCCUGCGUUACUCUGUCAACACUUCUCGCGUAUCAUGUGCCCUCUAUCUGUCCUCAGCAGGCGUUGUUCGUUCCUUCCAAGAUGGAUGUGCUGGGUUGUUAUAUUCCGAAGGAGAAUACUGGCGUGAUGAGACGUGUCCAGAUUUGUGCUUGUCGUGUCCUGCGGGGGUGUUGGGAUAUGUGCUGCUGACAACUGGUUGA